CGAUGAUGGGCAUCUUCGUAUUCGCCAUAACCGACAUCAUGAUCAUCGUCAUCGCCAUGACCGUUGCAAAAUAUCAGCAACCAACCACCAAUCAUCGCCACCGCCAUGGCAUGCUCGGCUCCGGAGUCGCACGCGGGAACACAAGCCGGAGCGCUGGCCCGAUCGGGCGAAACACACGCGAUAACCAAAACGCCUCGCGGGGAAAUGCGUUGACCUGGUUUCGGCAUGUCUCACGGUCACCGGCGGAUGGUACAAGGCGCAUAUAAAGCGAGCACGGAAGCUUGGCCACCUUCCGUGCCCCACAGCAAAAAGGGCGUCGGCAAGGGGAGACCUUUACAGGGCAAAGAAGGCAAGAAGGGGGACGGUGAAGGAAGGAAGGAAGGAAGAAGGAGGAAGGGCCUCUUGUGGGCCCAGCGCGGCACGUCGGAAGCAACAAUCCUACCAGCCCACACCGGCUGCUCGGCGAGAUGGGUCAAGGUGGGGGGAGGAGAGAAGAGGGGAGGGACGAGAGAGACCGAGCAGAGGCGCGAGGCAGGAUCGGAGCGCACCGCGGCGGCCGCCCGCCCGGCUUAAAGCGGCAGUGCCAGGGCGGGGAGGCCGACGCCUGGGGGCCAUGCCCCACCUC